AUAUGCAAUUUGCUCCUACUUGUAUCGUACACUUAUAUAUACAUGACUUUGUAUGUACUGUGGUGUACCCUGUUUCAUUGAUAACUUAUGUGCCUGGUAUUAAAGUGCCACUGUGGAUCGAAGAACCAAUUAGAAGUCAAGGAAUAUGAAAAACCUGAUAUUACAAGGAAAUUCAAAAGGUUGAGCAGAUAAGAAAGCUGUACAGAAAACUGUUAAAGAUUGAAAAAAAAAGAAAAGGCAAAAGACAUUGUUAAUGGGAGACGAAUGCGUGAUACCGGUAAUUGCUGUCUUAUUUCUAUCAGGAGGAAUAUUGAUCUCAAAUUGGAUUAAUGCGCCACAUGAAAUAAAAGACCAGACUGAUAACAGUGAAGAUAUGUUAAUCAUGAGACAAGAACUCCAACAAUGUAAAGCUAGCAUGACACAGAUGGCGCAAGAUUUCAUUAGCUUACAGGACAAUUUCACACAAAUACAAGAAAAGGUCGGAAACUUAUCGAAGGUUUUAAAUGUUUCUGUUGAAAAUGCUAGAGAUAAUUUCCUCCAUUUGAAAAGAGACAUGAAGAUCUUGAAUGGAAUGCAAGACAUCCAAGAGCACAGAUAUAUAACAUAUUCUGAAACAGUCGUUCUUCUACUGGCGGUGUUGACCAUAUGGACAUUGAUACUUUUUCUGAUAGCAUAUACGUUUUUUCCAUUGAGAAAUGGUUUUUAUGGUAGUCAAGGAAGCAAUCAUGAUGAUCCUCACGAUACAAACGAAAGUCUGUGUGCACAGGUUCCAGUUCAAGCUCCGAUUAAGCAAAAAAGAUGGACUAGUGAGUUGGAAGAAUCUAUUUGUAUUCUUAGUUUCCAUGAAGAAACACAGGAUUUACAUCAUAGAAUAAUCACAUCAGUAUUUCAGGAGGAAGAAGUUGAAAUAAAGCCAUUCCUACUGGAAACAACUGAUCCAGAUGUAUUAGAUAAUAUACCAAGAUGCCAAUUCGUCUUUGUGUUUGUUGAUUUUAAUGAGACCAAUGUUAUUCUUGAAAACCCAGGUGCUAAGAGAUCAGAUACUGUCCAGGCAUGUAUGGAUAUGAGAGCUGAUGUAUUUGUUAUAUAUACAAGAGAUAGAGGUUCUAGUUAUUUAGGAGAUGGCAUCCUGUACAAUAAGGACUUGUCAGCCUUUACAGGACAUUUUCUAUUGAAAGAACUCACGGCUAAACACAGAGGACUAAGCGUAUAUGAUACAUUUACACAAUACCAGAAAAGUCACAUCAGGAAAAUUGUACUAGAGAAAUGACAAUAUAUUCUCUCUAUAAUAAAAAAAAACCCAUCUUAAC